AUGAAGUCCCAAAGCCUCGUUCUCUUUGGACUAUUGGUUUCCUCUGCCUUUGCAGUGCCUCGGACUAAAAGGCAGGAUGGUGGCAAUGACCAGCCGAUUAGCGGUGCCAAAGGAGCCCCGAUUCUAGGUAAGCUUAAAAUUCCGGGAGCUUCCAAGUUGGGAGAUCUCUCCGUGGGUGCCAGCCGAUUUCAUGCAUACUUACAGCUCUAUACAAUAGGUGGAACAAACAAAGCUCUCGACCUUCAAAACCCAGACCAAUUCCGUACUGCCAGCACCGAUAAUGGCUUUGUGCCCAAUGUCAAGUGGAGUUUCUCUGAGUCUCAGACUCGACUGUUCCCAGGUGGCUGGUCUCGGGAGCAAGUUAUUCAGGACUUGCCUCAGAGCCAUGACAUUGCAGGCGCCCAGCAACACCUGAAGAAGGGCGCUAUCCGGGAGCUGCACUGGCACCGCACGGCCGAGUGGGGAUUUGUAUACAAUGGCUCCCUCCUUUUGUCCGGUGUUGAUGAAAACGGUGGAUUCACUACGGAGGUUCUUGAAACGGGUGAUAUAUGGUAUUUCCCAAAGGGUGUAGCGCAUAAUGUCCAGGGUCUGGACGAUGAGAACGAGUACCUUCUCGCUUUUGAUGAUGGUGACUUUGAGAAGAUUGGAACUACCUUCAUGGUCGACGACUGGAUCGCCCAUACCCCCAGAGAUAUUCUCGCCAAAAACUUUGGUGUGGACCCUAAGGUCUUCGACUCGGUCCCUUCAAAGUUCCCUUAUAUUCUCAACGGCACUGUUAGCAAAGACCUUGACAAGGCUCCUCUGGGUACGCUGAGAGGUGAUGAUUCCUACGUCUACCACACCUACAAACACCCCUCUGAGCCCGUCCCGGGUCACGGUGGGACAUUCCGCAAGAUCGAUUCCACCAACUUCCCCAUUUCCAAGACUCUUGCUGCUGCGAUUGUGGAACUGGAGCCCAAGGGUCUGCGUGAGCUCCACUGGCAUCCCAAUGCUGAGGAAUGGCUCUACUUCCACCAGGGCCAUGCUCGUGCCACUGUCUUUAUUGGUGACUCCAAGGCUCGCACCUUUGAUUUCCAAGCGGGUGACACCGCUGCUUUCCCUGACAAUAGUGGACACUACAUCGAGAACACCUCCGAGACAGAGAAACUUGUUUGGAUUGAGCUCUACAAAAGCGACCGCGUCGCUGAUAUCUCCCUGGCUCAGUGGCUAGCAUUGACUCCUGCUGACACUGUUGCCAACGUCUUGAAGGUCGAUAUCGAAGUGGUCAAGCAGAUUAAGAAGCAGAAACAAAUUCUUGUUCAGGGCAAGAAAUAA